AUGUCGGGCGCCGCGGUCAUGCCCCCCGAUGAGAACCGGGGCCCCGAGAUUCUCGCCGUCUGCGGGGCCCUGGUGGGACUCGCCCUCGUCGUCGUGUUGCUGCGAGUCUAUGUGAGGGCAAGGAUGGUUCGCCACCUUGGUCUCGACGACUACACCAUCAUCGCCGCCAUGCUGGUCAUGUUUGUGGAAAUGAUGAUAAUAAUUCCGCAAGUCGAUCUCGGCGGUGGCCGCCAUGUGCAAUACAUCAAGCCAGAAGAAAACGUCAUCAAAGGGUUGCACCUCAACUUCGUCACCCAGCCCCUCUGCCUGAUCGCACUCUGCCUGACAAAGGUCAGCGUCGGCUUCUUCUUGUUACGUCUUACACCCUCACCACGGUUCCGGUGGGUUGUCAUUGGCACCAUGAUCUUCACCGUCCUUUCGGCAAGCGGGAACUUCUCCGUGGCGGCCAUUCUAUCGCUGGGAAUCUUCGCUGCCGUCGCCGCCAUCGUCAAGAUCACCUACCUCGGCGCCUACGGCCAACACGGCGAUUUCCUUUGGGACAGCGCCGACAUCACCAUCUGGACAACCAUCGAAAUCAACGUCGCCAUCAUCGCCGCCUCCAUCCCCUGCCUCAAGCCCCUCUUCAAGACACUCCUCGACGGCACCUCGGCCCGAUACUACGGCUCGUCCAAAUACAAGCGCUACGCCCACCACCCCGACGACGACAACAUCACCCCCCAACACCACCACCCCAUCAGCAGCAGCAAAGCCACCAAAUCCACCAGCACCGCCCGCUCCGCCGGCCGCGCCUCGCGGCGCCUCUCCGUCGCCAUCCUCGGCAGCCGGACCGCGGUGGGCCCCGAGUUCGAGAUGUACGGCUCCGGCGGCGGCGCGAACAGUAGCAGCGCUGUGGGAGUGGGGACGACGGCGUCGGCGAGUGGGAAGUUCUCGACCGAGAUCAAGUCGACCGGGUCGGAGGAGAGUAUCCUGCCGCAGGCCGGCGACGAUGAUGAUCGGGGGUGGGUGGAUGGUGGUGGUAGUGGAGCUGGGGCUGGGGCUGGGGCGGGGGGUGGGGGGAUUACUGAAAGACGACUACGGUCGGUGGUGGAGGUAUGA